GACCUGGCCAGAAUGCAGAUGGAAAAGGAUGGUUCCUGGGAGGUAUAUAAGGGCUCAUCACCUCCCAGGUACCAUCACACUAAACUUACUUCACAAGCCCCUGACAACAACCAUGAUUCUGCUGUUGUUGACGACCCUCCUGCUCGGGCUCACCUGUGCUGAUCAUCCCGUCUUAUCUACUAGCUACGGCGCUCCCGGGUCAUCACAGGCAAGCUUAUCAGGAGUCAAUACUGGGGCUUCCUUCAGCGGUUCAUCAGCCGGCCAUGCAUCUGCUUCGGGAUUUACAAAUGGUCAAAUUGGCUUCACUGGCGGCUCCUCAGGGGAACGAUAUGAAAACUCUGCUGAACAUUUUUCCACGGGGAACAAUGGAAACUUUCAUGGUGGUUCCUUUUUCGGUGGUUCAAGAGUAGGUCACAGGGGCUCUAUUCCCGUGUCUGGUUCUGUCAGUAGUUCCAAUGGUAACGUAUACAGAGGCGGUUCAUCAUCUUCUUCAGGGUUUUCACAGAGUGGGUCGUCUGCAGGCCACUUCGGAUCCUCAGGGUUUUCUAAUGAAAUCCAAGGGGCGUCCUUCAGAGGACCUGCUGGCGGGGGGUACAGUGGUCUUUCUUCCAGUGGAAUAUCAAGUGACUUCUCUAUUAACGGUCAUGGAGUUUCUUCGGGUAUUUCAGGAGGAACCGCCCAAAGACCGGCAGGAGGUUCCAACAAUGGUGGUUCAUUUGGAAGUCAAAGGCCGCAAUCUGGUGUUUCACAAGGAUUCUCUACGGGCGGUCAUGGCGGAUCCCACGGAGGCUCCAGCGGUACAGCAUCCUACAGCGGUGGCUCGUCCAGAGAUCAAGGAUCACGUGGUGCAUUUUCCUCCAAUGGUGCUUCAGGAUCUUCUCAUGUAGGUUUCAGCCAGCAGUCCUCAUCAUCUGGCUCCUUCUCUUCAGGCCAUGACGCCGGGUUCUCCAGCCAAGCACCCAGAGGAGGAUCUUAUAAAGGCAACUCCUUUGGUAGUUCUUCCUCCUCAAGCUUCCAAGGUGGCGCUGUUGGGUCUGGAGUCAGUAACAACUUCGCGUCAUCUCGCCAGUCUUCUGGAAGGUAUCAAGGCAGUUCAAGCAGUGGUCUGAGUUCUUUUGGCAGUGUUGGUGGUAAUGGUGGUGGUUCUUUUGGCGGUGUUGGCGGUAUUGGCGGUGGUUCUUUUGGUGGUGUUGGCGGAAGCGGCGUCUCACAAGGUUACACCAAGCCAUCAAGAGCAGCAGCUUCUGGUUCUGGGUUUUCUUCUCCAUCCGGAUUCUCUGCCGGGACUUCUGGACACUUUGCUAGCCCCAAGGACAUUCUCAGUCUGGACAGUCAGCUGGAACAAAUGGAUAUCCUGCUGGCGGUCAAAGGGGUCCUUCUUCACGCCCUGCCCCUAGUAGUUCUUAUGGCGUUCCUGGUGGUUCUAAUGGUCAAGGUGAUACGUCAUCAAACCUUCAGAUCAUCAAGUCUCUCGGAGGCCGUGUGGACCUUCCUGGUGUUAGUGACAACUAUCACUAAAUGUUGCCAUGGUAAAGCUUUGUAUAAUUGCAUGCCUAAAGAAAAAUACUAACAUUACAUUUACGUCUUGGAAGCUUGUAGCUCCCUUGAUUUAUAUUUCAAACAAAAUUUAAUUUGAAAAGUAUAUGACUGAGUUUAGACUAACCUUUGCAUUAUAUAUAUUUCAUAUAACACACAAAAAAUGUACUUGCUGCAAGCCAGAUUACUUUUUAUAUUAGGAAAUAAAAUGCAAAAUACAA